AUGGCACGGACUGUGAUUCGGAUCGAGGAAGACAUUUUGGACCACCCAGUGGAACAAGUCUGGAGCCUAGUCUCCAGCUUCGGCGCGAUACAAGCCUGGAUGCGGUCUAUCAAAUGGUGCACAAUCAGUGGCCAGGGUGUCGGAACUGUUCGCACUGUAAUGUCCAUGGCUGGAGUGCAAGAAGAGAUCCUUGAAGUACUCGAUAAUGACGCUCACUGUAUUUCCUAUCGCAUAAAGGACAACCCGUUCCUUCCCAUGAAGGGUGGCUUUGGCAAUUGGAAACUGGAAAGCAUCGGAGGAGGAAAAACAAAAGUUACUUGGAUUGCAGAUGCAGAAGAGAUCAACACUGAUGGAGUGGCCGCAAUAGCCCCAAUCUAUGAAGGAUUCAUGAAGGAAAGCAUAGCUGGCUUGAAGAAAGCACUGAGUUAG